AAACAUGUAUUAAAGGAAUAUUCCUGGUUCAAUACAAGUAGAGCUCAGUCAGCAGCAUUUGUGGCAUAAUGUUAAUUACAACAAAAAUCAGUUUUGACCUGUCCCUCAUUUUCUUUAAAAAAAAAAAAAAAUUCAAGAAAAACUCUGGAUUACAGUAAGGAGUAAGCAAUUUCCAAUAGAAGUGUGUGGGGCCAAUCCAUAAAGAAUGUAAGAAUUAAAAGUAUAGCCACAAGACAGAAACAAUAUGUUUGGAACUUUACAACACAAAUAAUAAACACGUUUUAACGGAGGAAUUCAUGUAAAAUUAUAAGUUUCACAUUUUAGCCUUUAAACACUCCAAAAAUUGGCCCCAUUCAUUUCCGUAGUAAGUGCCUCCCUUUUUUCUUUUUUCUUUUUGUGCUCUCAGUUGAGUUUAACUUGUACUGAACCCGGAAUAUUCCUUUAUAAAGCGUCUUAAUUCUAUUACAUUUGAAAUGAUUUUACCCUAUGCUCAUUUUUGGAUUAUGGCCCAUCUCGUUGCUAAAGUGCAGUGCGGAUCUAAGCACAGGGGUUCACUACAGUACAGACUGUGGGAUGGGCUGCUGCAGUCUCCUCGCGGUCACUCUCACGAGAGGGAUUGAUCGCGCGAGCUCAUCUCUCUUUCACACUCAGUGUUUUUCAACAACGACCUGCAGAGACUUGGACAUGUAUGAGCGUUUCCAUAAUGAGUCAAACUGAGAUGGAGAUGUCAGGGGCAAAUGUGAGCCGACACAGCCGCACAGUGAAGAGGAGGCGGUGGGGAGGGCUGAGGCAGCAGUGGAAACUGCUGGGCCUGUUUGAGAUCGACCAGCAGCAUGAGUUCUACAGCCUUACCUGUAUGAUGAAAGAAGGACUGUGUGCCGCUGUGCAAAACACCAUUGACAACCCUUUACCUGAUGAACUGUCUGAGGAUGACUACAGUCUUGAGGUUACACAAAUCCAUAAGGUACGUUAAAGGACUUCAGGAUGGAGACGUAUGCUGGGCCGGUGUUCGCCACUCUGCGACACUCCCUUGGGAUGACAGAGAAGGAAUAUCAGCAGUCCCUCUCCUCAGAAGGCAGCUAUCUGCAAUUCAUCAGCAAUUCCAAGAGCAAGGCAGACUUCUUCCUAACUAAUGACAAGCGGUUCUUCUUAAAGACACAGAGUAAAAGAGAAGUGCGAUUUCUCUUGUCUAACUUGAGAAUCUACAUGGAACAUCUGGAGAAGUACCCACACUCACUGCUUGUCAAAUUUUUAGGUGUUCACAGGAUCAAAAUUCCACAUCAUAAGAUGAAGUACUUUAUUGUAAUGCAAAGUGUCUUCUACCCGGAUGACAGAAUCACUGCAAGGUAUGAUAUUAAGGGCUGUGAGGUGAGCCGGUGGACAGACCCAGCCCCUGAAGGCAGCCAGAUCAUUGUUGUUCUGAAGGAUCUCAAUUUUGAGGGGCAGUUCAUUAAGCUUGAUCAGCAGCGUCCAUGGCUCAUUCGUCAGGUGGAGCUUGACACAGCCUUUCUUCAGACGCUCAAUGUGUUGGACUACAGUCUUCUGCUGGCCCAUCAGCCCCUCCACCAGGAUGAACUCAGCCAGAGUCUUUCUUUCGCAACACUCAUCAUGCGCACUAAAAAGUCAGUGAAUGCAACCUCCAGUCCAACACAUGCCACUACACCCACUGUUCCAGGGGUGGUGGCAGAGGACGACGCUGCUCUCCUCUCCUCAGAUUUAAACUGUGCUACAACAGAGUGUCAUAUAACAGAAACACAUAAUGGCAAUGGUGGAACAGACAAUGGAAGUCUUACAGGAGAAAAAAUUGAGCAACCUAGCUGCAUGGGAGCAGAUUCAGCUGAUCUACAAGUGUUCCAGGCCCAGAACCGGAGACUGCUUCCUAACUUCAAGAACCCACUUCACGUCAUUGAUGGAGCAGAGCAGCGUUACUUUAUUGGGAUCAUCGACAUCUUCACUGUUUAUGGAUUCAGAAAGAGGCUUGAACAUCUGUGGAAGAGACUGAGACAUCCACGACAAACAUUCUCCACAGUCAGCCCUCCAGACUACUGCCACAGGCUAUGCCAGUGGGUUCAAGACCAUACCAAAUAGCAUACCAAAUAAAGACAGACAGAGUGAAUGACAGAUGUGCUAUAGUGCUCUCACGCCUGUCCCAUAUGUACCUCAUACACAUAAGCACAGGCCAACACAUUCAAAAUGACCAGAAUGUACAUUUGAGGGAUAUGUUUGUACUCUAAAGGGAUAGUUCACCCAAAAAUGAAAAUUCUAUCAUCAUGUACCCUCACUCAUAUUGUUACAAACCCAUAUUACUUUCUUUCUUCCAUGGAACACCAAAGGAGAUGUAGAUGGCAGAAUGACUACUUCAGUCACCAUUCUUUCAUUGCAGAUUUUUCCAUUCAGUGAAAGUGAAUGGUGACUGAGGCUGUCGGUCCCUAACAUUCUGUCUAACAUCUCCUUUUGUAUUACACAGAAGAAGAAAAAAACUCAUAUACAGUAGGUCUGAUAACAUAGAGGUGAGUAAAUGAUGACAGACAUUUACAUUUUGGAUGAGCUAUACCUUUAAGACCAGUUCAGAGUAUCUGUAUUUGAUUCGCUUGUUAUUCAAAUAAAGAUAAUGCGAUUACUUCU